ACAAACGUUUGGCUAGCGGAGUUCACCAAGCAUCAAGUCUAGUGUGAACUAAGAGUGGCUACGACAAUGGAUGUUAUUGUUUCACUUUUUACUUGGUAACGAAGGACCUAACUGGAAGCUCGUGCUAGCCUCUCGCGCGGUGAAUAUACGGCCAGUCCAAGCGGGCCAUCACCGCCACGCACAACCCAGCUACAGCUAACGCUAAGCGACAGGUCACCAAUUAACCAUAACGAUUUUUUCUUUUUCUUAGAGUUACGGAAAAGUUACACAAUGGAAGGUUAAUGUUUUUCGCAAGCUGUAAGUGGGUGACAUGGCAACCGGAGGUGCUCCAUUUGAUGACAGUGCAGAAGAGGUGCAGACCUGGACAGCACCCAAUGGCAGUCUGGAAGACAGACUGAACAACAUGAACUGGGGGAUUCAGCAAAAGAAAGCUAACCGGUCGACAGAGAAGAACAAGAAGAAGCUUUCUGCAGCAGUGGAGAGCCGCCUGACUAAUGAUAUUUCACCAGAGUCCACCCCAGGGGCCGGCCGCAGGAGAACUCGCACUCCUCAUUCUUUUUCCCACAUCAAGUACACGACCCAAAUGUCCGUUCCUGACCAGGCUGAACUGGACAAGCUGCGCCAAAGGAUCAAUUUCACAGACCUGGAUGAGCGGAGCAUCGGCAGCGACUCCCAGGGCCGCGUCACGGCCGCCAACAACCAGCGGCAGCUAGCCGGGGAGAACAAGAAGCCUUUCAACUACCUGCCUCUGCAUGUCAACACUAACAAGAGCAAAGAGAUGCUCCAUCCCUCAGCCUCUGCCCCAACUACCCCAGCUAUCACCAAGGAAACCAAGAAGCAGAGUCCAGGGCGGAGGGAAACUUUAAGUCCUGUAGGUCCUUGCAAGGAGUCGCCAAGGAUGAGUCGCUGUGGGACAGAUAGAGGACUUCUGACACAGAGAGAGUAUGGGAGGCCAGAGCCCAAAAUAGACUGCAGCCAGGUGGUGAGCAAACUGGUUCAGAUUCGGGAAUACAUCAGUAAGGCCAGCGCCAUGAGGGACGAUCUGGUGGAUAAAAACGACGUUACCGCCAAUGUUGAGCGUCUUUCUUACCUCAUCGACCACCUCAAGGAGCAGGAGAAGUCCUAUCUACGCUUCCUGCAGAAAAUGCUUGCCCAGGAGAGUGACUGUGAGGUCGGGACGCUGGACUCCGCGGUCGGAUCAGCGUCACUGGCUGACAGCUCCUCCCUUAACAUAGAGGUCCAGUCUUCAGAUGCUUCAAAUAUAACAGGUGGUAGGACAGAGGGCAUGCGUGCCGACCAGAAGGAGGAGCUGGAGAACCUGCGUAAGCAGCAUGAGCUGCUGAAGAAGAUGCUGGAGCAGCAGGAGCAGCUCAGAGCGCUGCAGGGCCGGCAGGAAGCUCUAAUGGCCAUGCAGCACAGUGCAGAGCAGGCGCUCGCUGCGAUUGAAGACACAGUCGUGACAGAAACCACCGGCAGUGUUUCCGGCCUGAGCAUCACAUCAGAACUGAAUGAAGAGUUAAAUGAGCUGAUUCAGCGUUUCCACAACCAGCUUCACGACUCUCAGACCAAAACGGUGCCAGAUAACCGUUGUCAGGCUCAGAGCCUGUCCCUCUCCAGAGAAGUGUCCUGGUCCCGCCCCCCCCAGGCUGUUGGUCCACCUCAGCACAGGCCGCUCCUUCACUCUGCGUCCGGCCCGCAUGCCGGUCUGGACACCGAGGGAGUGUCCGCCAGCGCCAAACUCACCAAGUUACAAGAACUUCAAGACAAAAAGCAAACCAUGGACAAGAUUCUGCAAGAGUUGCAUUCCCUGCGAGACCAGACCCUGAACAACAACAACUCAAGUCGGGGCUUGUCAGCACAGUGCAGUCCAAGUUUAGGAGGAUCUUCAGAUUGUACAUCAGCUCUCUGCUCCAAUGCAGCCUCCACUUCCUUUCAGCCUUUAUUCACACAACAGGACGGUUCUGGUUCUUCAGACAAGCUCAGGAAGCUGAAGGAGGUCCAUAAGCGCCUUAAUGAACUGAGGGAGUUGGUUCAGUACUACGAGCAGACGUCUGACAUGAUGGUGGAUGCCGUCAAUGAAAAUGUGAAAGAGCCUGAUGAUGAUGAUAAUGAGGAGGAUGAAGAUGAGACGGAGGAUGGAUCCAUGUUUGAAACUGUGUUUGAGUUGGAGCAUGAGAAUCGCCAUCCUGGUGCGAACCUUAGAAACCCGCAGCGCAGCAGUAACUGGGCGGACGUGAAUAGCCUGACCAACGGCCGCAGCUUCAGGAGCGGCACCACAAACAACCAGGACGGUCGACUCAACACCGAGUGUGAAAUCAACAACCGAGCAGCAGCCAACCUCCGCAGCCUCAACGUCACCACGCCUAUAGAGUGCCAGUACAACAGGGACCUCCCCUACGUGGAGGUAAAGGUUGAGGAUGAUGAUGAUGAAGACGGCGUUGAUAAUGAUGAAGGAGGCCAGGCCAUGCUUCCAGACACUGCGUCGGAUUCCAGUCAAGAGAGUAGCUUUGGGAACGCUGCGGGUUUCCCUCCCAAGGUUCACCGCCAGACAGCGACUCAGAAGCUGAGGCAGCUGCAGGAGCUGGUUGCCAUGGUUCAGAGUGAUGACACGGAUGGAACCACAGCCAAUGACGACGAAGCUUUACACCAGCAGCCCAAUAACACCCGAUCUGCUGUGUGCGGGGCCUCUGGGGCCGGAUCCAAACAGAGUCCAAGAGACCUGGCUCUCUCCACGAAGGCCAGGGAGAAGAUGUACGAGGAGAAGUUGCGUCAGCAGAAGCAGGAGCUGAGGCAGCUUCACGAGGAGAGACAGAGACUCCUAGAAAUCCAAGGAAAGAUCCAGGACUUGCAGUGGACCUGCUCCGACCUUCCGUCGUCUGUGUCCAGCACAGGCAGCCAGCAGGGUCUGCUGAGGAAGGCUCCGCUUGCAGCUUCCACCCCUGCUAACGUCAAAGCUUCUCCUUCCCCUGGACCCAAAACCAACGUAACCGUGCUCAAACCCACCGCUCAGGAGGCAGCGGCUUCUUCCGUCACCGACAACGAGCUUUGGUCCGAAAUGAGGCGGAGACAAAUUUUGCGAGAAGACCUGCGACAGCGGCGAAAGCAGCUGGAGUCGCUGAUGGCCGAACAUCAGCGACGUAGCGGUUUCCGUGACUCCCCCUGUCCGAUGGAAGAGCAGGAGGGGAGUGCUACUCUCUCGCAGUCCAUCAACAGGGAUGAAAGAACAAUGGCCACAUGGGGUUCCAGUCCUUGCAACCUGGAUGAUGAGAAUGAGGAAGAGGAUGAUUAUCACUCUGAGAUGUGCGCUGAGGAGGAAGAGGAAGAAUGUACAGAGAGCAGCUCCGAUGAUGAGAUCCACAUCUACUCGUCGAGGAUGAACCAGAGCUCCUACAGUGACAGGAAGAAUCAGGGAAGUAACCUGAAGCCUCCGGCAGACUUUACUGGCGACACCGAGGCUCAACUUCACAAUGAGACGAAGGUGAAGGAUCAGAGUCGAGGCGCAAAGCCGCCUGUGGGCCAGCAUGGAGGCGUCCGGCGUCAGGAGAACCUGCGCUGGGCCUCAGAGCUCUCCUUCGCCGAGGGCUCCAGCCACUGGCAGGAGCAGAUAAACCAGCUCCAGAGGCAGCUGGACUUCAGCACCAGCAUGUGUCAGACGCUCCUGCAGGACCAACAGGCUCUGUCAUACAUGUUACAAACCCUGCUGACGGGUCAGUACAGCGUCUUACCCAACAACGUGUCGUCACCUCAAGUCCACCUGGUGAUGCAUCAGCUCAACCAGUGCUACACCCAGCUGGCCUGGCAGCAAAGCAACGUCCAGAGGCUGAAACAGGUUUUGAACGACCUGAUCCACCAGCAGCAUCAGCAGCAGCAUCAGCAGCAGCAUCAGCAGGCCUCCCCCUCAGCAGCGGGUUGGCAGACGAAGCGGACUUCGGCUCAGGGGUCCGGUCUCAGCUCCUCCUCCUCCCCCGGCAUCUUCCUUCCUUUUACCUCUACGAUGCAUCCUUCAGCCUUGUCUCCGUUCUGCCCUGGCUUCAACUUGUAUCCGUCAUUCCCCGGUGCCAUGGGUGAGUUUCCUCAGAAUCCAGAAGUUCCAGCUUCACCUGGACAACAUAAACUGGAUCCCAACACUUCGAUCAAAACCGAGUACAUGGGUUUCCCUCCACCACUGCAGCGCUCUCCUGUCAACACAGCUUCAGAAAGAGGAUCAGCUGCACGACUGAACACCUCCUACACCAACAACAUAACCCGACAUCUGCCAACUAAAGCGGAGCUGCAAGAGUCUCCUCCCUCGUCGCCCAUUUUUAACAAAUCCCAGUCUAGGGUGCAGGAGUUUAAGGUUUCACAGGACAGCUUUUGCAGCAUCCCCGAUCCCGAUGAUCCUGCCACGGUCACAAAGACCUUCAAGGCUGGGAAAAAGGCCUCUGCACAAGCCAACCUGGCAUCUCGAAGCAAAACCUCCAAAAACAGACGCAGGAAGAGCAAAGGGCACAACAAGAACAGCGAAGGCCAAGACAGCGACAGCUUUAGCAGCACUGCAGAGUUCGGCCAGGAGAGGGCAGCCUUGUCUCAUCACAAAGACCAGAAUCAGAUUCUGUUGGACAAACUGACUCAAGAAAAACUGGACAGCAAGGCGAGGCUCGGAACCAAACGGAACGACCUGUCCUCCGAUGCGAGCAGCGACUUCUCCUUGUUCGAGGCGCUGCGGGAGACCAUUUACUCCGAGGUGGCCACUCUGAUAUCGCAGAAUGAGUCGAGACCCCACUUUCUCAUCGAGCUCUUCCAUGAGUUACAGCUGCUCAACACAGACUACUUACGCCAAAGAGCUCUGUAUUCGCUGCAGGACAUAGUGACCAAGCACCUGGCAGUAAGGCGCGCGGCCGAGGACCAGCUGCCCCCGCUGGGGUCGGUUGUGUGGACAGCAGGCUCUCAGUCUGAGCUGACUCCCAGUCAGAGUCUGGUCACCAGUGAUGAAGAGGUGUUGGAGAAGAACUUGAGACAUGAGCAGGACCUAAAGAGGAGAGAAGACGCAGAAUCUGUUGAUAACGACAGCAACAUGUCAACCUCCUCCAACCUGGAACCUUUUGCUAGUGAUGACCUGGGCAACACGGUGAUUCAUUUAGACAAAGCUCUGGUGAGGAUUAGGGAGUAUGAGCGCAUGAAGCUUAAAGCCGAGUUUAACCCUCGCAGCACCAGCAGCAGGUCUGACGCGACAAAUGCUAGAGGUGCUUCCGCUAACCCUGCCGACCCAGUGGAAGAAAGUGCAGCCAACGGUGUGCACUGCCCUCAGAUCGACACCCAGCAGCUGGACCGGCAGAUUAAAGCCAUCAUGACCGAAGUCAUUCCCUUCCUCAAGGUGAACAUGAACGAAGUGUGUUCCCAUCAGCUGCUGACGUCCGUGCGCCGCAUGGUGUUGACUCUCACCCAGCAAAACGACGAGAGCAAGGAGUUUGUUCGCUUCUUCCACAAGCAGCUGGGGGGAAUCCUGCAGGAGUCUCUCUGCAAAUUCGAGGGCCGCACGCUGAGGGACUGCGGGGAGGACCUGCUGGUGGAGAUCUCAGAGAUCCUCUUUAACGAGCUGGCCUUCUUCAAGCUGAUGCAGGAUCUGGACAGCAGCAACGCCGCCGCCAGCCUGGGAGCUAAAUAUAAAAAUAAGAAAAAGUCUCCACAGCUCUGUAAAACAAAUCAGAACCUGGAGGACAAAUCAGAAGCAGAUGCUGCUAGGUCUGUUUCUCCAGCAUUUGCUGAUGAGGACAAGGAUCAAGAUGAGACAGAAAAGCAAGAAUCUGGCGUCCUGCAGGAGGAUUACCUGCAGACUGAGGGGAGGAGCAGCCAUGGGUCAGAAGGUGAGGAGGAGGAGGAUGAAGGACAUGAGGAAGCAGCUCCUCUGUCAAUCAGUCUGUCUAAAGCAGAGACUCAGGCUCUGACCAACUACGGCAGCGGAGAGGAUGAAAACGAUGAGGAGGAGGUGGAGGAGUUUGAAGCUGGACCUGUAGACGUCCAAACGUCUCUGCAGGUUUCGGCUGACGGACAGGCGGAGCAGGAAGUGGUGGCGGCGGUCACAACCAGCAGUGAACCUGAGGAGAAAAUCUCUGAACAGAACUGUUCAGAGACGAACGAGGUCAGUCAUCCAGCCGAGACCUUGGACUCCUCAGCUGAAGAGCGCACUCUGGUGGAGCUCCAGAGCCCUGAGGAGCAGCAGGAAGCUGUGGCUGCAGCUGCUGCAGAGGGGGCUGCUGAACCCUGCCAUGACGUUCCCAAGGAGACGGUCAGCAGCAGCAGCCCCAGCUCAGACUCGCCCGUCCUCGUUAGCGGCGACGAAAUCGGAUCGGGAAACACGAGUCAAAAGUCGGAUGAGGAAGACUUCGUCAAGGUGGACGACGUUCCUCUGCAGCUUACAGUGAUGUGCGAGGAGGAGCUGCAGAAGAGGAUCGUGGAGGAGCAGCAGAACAACAACCUUUCUGUGGAGAUCCUGAACGGGAACGCCGAGCUGCUGCCCGGGCUGGUGGGGAACGCCCAGGCUCUGAAGGAACCAGACACCAUUGAUGCCCAGAGCGUGUAAAGACGACUCCAGAUGUUUCGCUCUGCUGAUUCACUGAGAAUCCUCCCCUCAGUUUGCUUCUCUAAUCCGCUCGUUUGGACGAGAAAAGUUCUACGUUAGCUGUGAAUCUUUAAGGAAGCUCAACACUCUAAGUUCAUUUUAUUCCUUAAUGUUUGUUGUAAUUUACCACUUUGUUUGGAUUUAUCUCCUGCUGCUGAUCACAUCCAGAUGGUUCUUUGGUUCUGGGAUUAGUUUGACAUGUUUUAUUACUUUUUUUAUCUCUUCUUUCCUGGCCCUGCUGUAGCUCUUUUCACUGUACUCAUAAUCAUAACCAUCUCUUGAUGGUUCAACCAGCUGCUGUUACAACAAAUAGUCUGUGUAAAAUUAAGUACACCCUCUUUAAAUUCUAGGGUUUUGUUAUUUGGAGGGUUUUGUUUUUUUUCUGGCAGUGUAUUUAAUUUUUGCCCACAUAUUCCAUGUUAAUGUCUUUUUGUUUUCCACUUCAGGUUAGAUUCAGAUAGUUUUAGUAUCUAUAGAGAUCAUUAAAGUUCUGGAACUGACAAGUGUACUUUUUUUAAUGACUUUAUGUACAUAUGUGUGUGUGUGUGUGUGUGUGUGUGAGAUGGGGUAAAUAGAGCAAAUCUGUUAGUUGAAGUUUUUCUGCUCAAAAUGAUUCCUUUUCUCAUCCUCAGAACUGUAACAUGUUUCUGCUUUUCUUAUAAUAAACUGAAUGACUGGAGCUGAUUUUUCAGAAGAAAAUCAGUCACACUCUUGUUUGGUAGAUUAGAUCAUAUUUUAAACAUUACAAAAAUUAUGUUAUAAAACAGCAGACAAUCUGGGAAUGUGUUUGUUAAACAAUUUAAAAAAAUUAAAAGGUCAUCAUGAGGUACGUCUGUCAGUACGAGCUUAAAACAAACAUUUCUCAGCAAGGCAGGACUUUUAUAGUAAGACGAAGAAGGUUCAAGAAAAGCAAACAAAUCUGCAGGUUUAGUUUCCCUCAUAACAAGAACUGGAAUAUUUUCCUCCAAGCUUCACAAAAUCCAGACGUCAGUGGGACUUCAGUGUUACGAUGAACGGUUCAGGUCAACC